AUGAGUGACCACAUACCACGAGAGUUACAAACCAAUAAAAAAAAUAAAAAGAGUUCUAAAACAAAAUUACAGAAAGAACAAGAAAAAAACAAAAAAAAAACAAACAAAACAAGAAACAUAAAAAUAGAAACAGAAUGCGUAUCGCAAGUUCUACCGCAGGAUUCAUUACAAAAUUCAACUUCAGGUAAUUCAAACUUGGUGAAUAAUACUGAGCGAAGUAUUUUGGGGAAAAAAGAUGCAAAUAAUCCACAAGUUCUUGUUGAUAAUGUAGAACAAGAAAGUAGACUGGCAAAUCUUUCUAAUGAUACUAAUAAUAAACAAA